UUCCUGCGAGGCCGGUGGGCGGACGUGGAGCAAGAGCUGUCCGCCCUGAGGGAGCGCCUCCGCCCGCAGCGCGCCGCCGCCGCCGCCGCCCCCGCCGCCGCCGCCGCCGAGGGGCCGCUGGGCGCGUGCGCCGCGUGGCUCAGGCUGAGCCAGCACCGGGGCACCCGCGCCACCCUGCUGCUCAUGCUCUUCCGCCAGCUGUCGGGCGUGCACGCCGUCGCCUUCUUCACAGUGGACAUGUUCAGUGCCGCUGAAUCGGCUGUCUCGGGGCAGGUGUGCGCCGUCAUGAUCGGCGUGGUGCAAGUCGCCGCCACCGUCCUCUGCAGCCUGGCCGUGGACACGGUGGGCAGGCGGCCCCUGCUCUUCUGCUCGGCGCUGGGCAUGGCGGUGUGCCACAUGGGCCUGGCCUACUACUUCAAGUUCCUGGUGGCGGGGGAGGACGCCCGCGGCGUGUGGUGGCUGCCCGUGCUCAUGGUGUCGGGCUUCAUCGUCAUGUACUCGCUGGGCUUGGGGCCGCUGCCGUGGCUGCUCAUGGCCGAGCUCGUCCCCGUGCGGGACAGGAGGUGGGCCGCCGGGCUGGCCGGCGCCGUCAACUGGGGCGCCAUGUACCUCGUCUUC